AUACCAACCUUAACAAUUUGAUCUUUUCGUAUGAUCGAUUUAAUUAAACGUUCCAACGUUCCAUUAUUUAAAAGAUUUUAAAGUGAUUUUUUUCUUAUUUUUUUUUGUAAUAAAAUUUUGAUUUGUGAAUUAUAAUGAAAUUAUCAAAAUUCUAUUGGAUGAUAUUCAUCACAUGUUACUUGUCAUUUAGCCACGCCCUCGAAUGCUAUGUAUGUACCGAUCAAGAAGGUAAUAGAGAAAAAUGUUUAAAAAGUACAAAAACUUGCGAACAACAUCAAGAUACUUGUUUGACGGAAAUUAAAUGGGGAAGUACACCAUACUGGUCACAAGGAGCAAAAAAACAAUAUUACGUAUCAAAAAGAUGUGCUACAAAAAAAGAAUGUGAACGAAUAAAACGUGCUAAUAUGGAUGAUUGCACAUAUAUUUGGUAUCAAGAUUGGAAAUGUUCUGACUGCUGUCAAGGAGAUAAGUGCAAUUAUUAUGUGAUUUCCAUGUUGUAUAAAAUGAAGAUCUGGAAAUUAAAAACUUUGUACAAGAUGUUUAGUCGGAAGAAAGAGGUGGAUUAUUCUCAGGAUACAAGAUUGGCAAGAUGUCUGUCGACAUUGGAUCUCACGGCUCUCGGAAUAGGUUCGACUCUUGGCGUGGGUGUGUACGUUCUCGCAGGCUCUGUUUCAAAAACAAUCGCAGGCCCUGCCGUAAUAGUUUCGUUUGCCAUUGCCGCGAUUGCAUCCAUGUUUGCAGGUCUGUGUUAUGCGGAAUUCGGUGCAAGAGUACCACGUGCGGGAUCAGCGUAUAUAUACAGUUAUGUAACAAUGGGAGAAUUUACAGCUUUUCUGAUCGGUUGGACGUUAAUUCUCGAAUACGUAAUUGGCUCGGCUAGCGUAGUGCGAGGACUGAGCACUUACGUAGACGCUUUGUUCAAUAAUACUAUGAGAAACGCGUUCGAAACAGCGGCACAUAUCGACAUCGAUCACCUUUCUUCUUAUCCGGAUUUCUUUGCCUUUGGAGUAACCCUAAUCUUUUCCGCUGCGUUGGCGUUCGGUGCAAAGGAAUCUUCGGUAGCGAAUAAUUUCUUUACGCUUACAAAUCUUUCCGUAGUUUUAUUCGUCAUAAUCGCUGGAUCUCUUAAAGCCAACAUAAAUAAUUGGAAAACGAAGCCAACGUGUACGGCAGAAAAUUGCAAAUAUGGUAGUGGAGGAUUCAUGCCUUACGGUAUAGCGGGUGUUAUAAGCGGAGCGGCAACCUGCUUUUAUGGAUUCAUCGGUUUCGAUUGUGUCGCGACUACAGGGGAGGAGGCGAAAGAUCCACAAAAAUCGAUUCCAAUAGCAAUCGUUGCAUCAUUGACUGUCGUCUUUCUUGCGUAUUUCGGUGUAUCCACAGUAUUGACUACUGUCCUUCCCUAUUACGAGCAGAAUGAGGAUGCCCCGUUUCCGGAAUUAUUCGAUCACAUCGGUUGGAAUUGGGCGAAAUGGCUGGUAACGAUAGGUGCCAUUUGCGGUCUAUGUUCAAGUUUAUUAGGGGCGAUGUUCCCAUUACCACGAAUUAUUUAUGCGAUGGCAUCCGACGGAUUGAUAUUCGAAUGGAUGGGAAAGGUCAGUUCACGAUUCCAUACACCUUUGAUGGGUACAUUCUCGGCAGGAAUUCUUACAGGUUCGUAUUUUUUUUUUUUUAAUUUAGUUUUGGACUGUUUCAGAUACGAGGAAAGCGAAGCCUAUCAAAAAAAGGAGGACCGUGAUCCAAGAACCUUGAAAUUCAUUGCGAGGCAGUUAAUUAACGCUAAUGGAUUAAAUCAUUCUACGAAAUUAACGUCCCAAAUCGUUACUUACCUUGUUGUGUGUUAUGUUAUCCUAUGUAUUUGCAUCGGUAUUAUAAUUUCAAUUUUUACUGAUGAAAUAAUGAAUGGUAAAAUAACACUUAUCGUUCCAUUAGCAAUUCUGCUAUUAGUUCUUAUCGUUAUUCUUAUUUUUAUUUAUCUUCAACCGACUUCUGGAAAGAAUCUUGCAUUUUCGGUUCCUUUGGUGCCAUUUUUGCCUGCUUUCAGUAUUAUUAUUAAUAUUUAUCUCAUGAUGAUGUUAGAUAAAAUGACAUGGAUAAGAUUUUUAAUAUGGAUGAUAAUUGGGCUUGGAAUAUACUUUUUCUAUGGUGUUUGGCAUAGUAAAAUGAGAAAAGAUAAACACACGAAACUACCCGAAAAUGGUUAUACUAAUGAAGACACAUGGAAAACAAAUGAUUUCUCCACACAUAAAUGACACGAUGUACUUCACUUUCAUAAUAAAAAUUUUGAAUAAAUCAGA